AUGUCGCAACUAAUAUUGAAGAAUCAAACGGUUCUUCUGUUCAUGAUGACACUUGUCAUGAUGAUUGAUUGCAUGGUUGUGAAUGCGAAUGGUUUCGUUCAAGUUAACAAGGUCAAUCAACAAUUUAUUGAUGGAUUGAAUAGGACAAGAAUAUUCCAUGGUGUGAAUGCAGUUUACAAGGUUUAUCCUUUUUAUCCUGAUUUGUAUAAUUACAAUUCGAAUACUUCAUUGACUAAUGUUGAUUUUCAGAAUUUAAAGGAUUGGGGAUUUAAUGUGAUUAGAUUGAUGCUUUCAUGGCAAGGAACAGAACCUAUUAGAAAUCAAUAUGAUUACAAAUAUCUUUCGAAACUAAAGGAAAUUAUUAGAAAUGCACAACAGUAUGAUAUCAUGAUUAUUCUGGAUGUUCAUCAAGAUGUGAUGAGUGAUCUGUUUUGUGGAGAGGGGUUUCCUAGAUGGGCUGUUCAAUAUAAAUCACCUCAACCUUUUCCAUUUCCAUUCGAAAGUAUUCAUUUGAGAAUUAAUCAAACAACUGGUGCUCCAAUUAUUCAAGAUUGUUUGAAAGAACCAUUCUUUAUCUAUUAUUUGACUCAGGGUGCCUCAAAUGCAUUCCAAAACUUUUAUAAUAAUGUAAAUGGUUUAAGGGAUUCAUUUGUAAAUUUUUGGAAAGUUGCUGCAAAUUAUUUUAAGGAUGAGGAAAAUGUUUUAGGACUUGAAAUUAUUAAUGAGCCAUGGCCAGGUGAUAUUUAUGAGGAUUUGUCACUACUUUUGGAUCAGAGAGGGAAGGCAGACCGUCAGAAUUUAAUUCCACUUUAUCAACAAGUAUAUUCUGCUAUUCGUUCAGUGAAUUCGAAUCAUUUAGUUUUCUUUGAACCUACUGUUACUGAUCUACUUUCAUCUGGAUUUGAAGAAUCUCCUCUUGGCACUCAAGAUUUAGAGAAACAAGUUUACUCUUAUCAUAUCUAUUGUGGAGAUGUCAACUCAACUGGAGACCCAAAGAGUAGAUUUACAUGCAGGAUUGAUGAUGAUGUCACUGUUGUGGCAAAGGAAUCAGAUGUAAAACGAUUAAAGACUGGAGCAUUCAUGACUGAAUUUGGAGCUUUAAGCAAUUUCACUCAAAGUGAGUACGAAUUGGAUUGGAUGACAAGUUUAGCAGAUCAAUAUUUGAGAUCAUGGACCUAUUGGCAAUUCAAGUAUUAUAAUGAUAUGACAACUGCUGCUUCACCUCCAACUAUUGAAAGUUUUUAUGGAGCGAAUGGACAAUUACAAACAAGAAAAGUCAAAGCUCUGAGUAGAACUUAUGUACCAAUUGUUUGUGGAGAUCCAACCUAUAUGAAAUUCGAUCCUCUCUCGAGUGAUUUCAAAUUUUCAUUCAAAGUUAGUGAAAAUUGUCGAAGUGAAACAACAGUUAUCUAUCUGAAUAGAGAAUAUUAUUAUCCGAAUGGAUUUUCCAUUAAAUUAUAUCCAAGCAAUUCAAUGAAUAUUCUCCAACAAUCCCAUCAGAAUUAUGUAGAAUUACUAUUAACUAAUAAUGUCAAUACUGGACAGGAGAUCACAAUCCAAAUAUCCUCAAAAUAA